AUGAGGGGGGGACUGACUGUCCAAUACGGCGACAUUGUGAUCUCGCCGCAGCGGCCGACCACGCUUGGUAGAGGCCUAUUCAGAGAUGCCCCGCAGCCUCCGAUUGGAAGUGAGGUGGUAGGCAAGAGACCUGAGAAGACUGUUUUAGACUAUGCGCUCCAUUCGACUGGUAAUGGUACUCUCGCGCAGAAGAGGAAGCAGCCUUCGAAACGACCGCCAAAGUCGAGGCCUCAACUAGAGGGCGACGCUACGGCUGCCGCGCAGACAGACAAGGCGCCCAAGAAGUCGCCAGCUCAGGGGACUGGUAAGCAUUGUAGCCGUGGCCCGCUGGAUCAUCCUCCACCACCAAGGAAGGCUUCCGAAGUCGCGCCAACAGUUGAUGAUGAUCGCGUUCAUGAGGUUGAUCAUCCAUGGCUACCUUCCUUUGCAGAUCAGGAACGAAAGGAAAUGCAAGAGAAGGAAAAGGCUAUGUACAAACCCACGCAAGGCGAAGAUGUCGUGGAGCCUUCCAAGCUGUUGUUAAAGCGCCGCCAGAGUGAGCAGGGCGGGACUCCAAGGAAGAGAAAAACAACAGAUAGCAAGGGGAGGGCCAUUGAUAGGCUUGACCCACGAGACCGCGCCAAAUUGCUGGAGCUUCUCGCAGAAGCCAAUGCUGCUGAAGCUGCAAAAUCUGGCCAGCCCUCGUUUCCGCGCCGCCAGAAAGUGCGGAAGGAACCCACAAACGGAACAACGAAAGCAAAUGAUAGGACGCCUGCGGAGCCCGUCAAGACGAUCUCUGUUCCUGCUUCUUCAGGUGAACACGGCGGUGGCGGAACCUCGCCAUCGAGUGCUGUACCAAGUUCGGGCUACGUGAAGGGGCCAGUCACCACAUCACCUACUGCCGCACCUGCGGGUAGUUCUCCGGCCCAUCAAGCUGCUGCAAUGCCUUCUGUUGUUCAGCGCUCCGCGCCCGACCCUACCACACGACACGCCAUUUCUAGUCAGACGGCUGGAACUAAGCGUCGUCGUAGUAGUGAAGAUGAAGGACCAGAUGAUAGAGCUACGAAGCAAAACAUGACGGCCAGAGCCAGCCAGACAGGCUACCCGCAGCCUGUCCCCCAGCAACCGGAGCCCAACAGGGCUCAGAAACAACCCAGAAUGAACAGCGCCAACGCCAAUCCUGUGUAUACACCCGCAUCCGAGCAGUACAAUACGCAGUCUGGGUCUUCCAUGAUUUCCUCGAUGGGAACUCAUACGAAUGAUCACAACUACGGGCGAGGAAGUAAUGCGAGCACUACGCCUCAAGUGCGUCACGCUCCACCGGCGCAGAUGGGAGGUCGUAUAAAUGAUCACUAUUCUGGGCCAGUGAACGACCCGAGCAGCACGCCUCAAGUGCGUUACGCUCCACAGGCGCAAAUGAUGCCUCCGCAGCCUCCGCAGCAGCAUGCGUCUCGGCAGUAUCCUAACGGUACCCCAAAUACGCCUGCCAGAUCGCCAGCUCUCACUCAGGAAUCGGGAAACUAUGCAGAGACACUGCAGCGAUAUGAGUCCAGGUAUCACGGAAUGUUCAUGCAACAACAGAUGAUAGGGCCUCUCCCUCAGCAGCGGCUCAUGACCACAUUCGAUGGAAACCGGGGCCCAUCGCAGACGACGCAGCAGGUCGCGCAGGUACCGCAGCGACCUGAAAUGACCGCGUCUCCCCUUCCGCAGCGGCCCAUGUCUUCGCUCAAUGGCAACCAAAUGCCGUCGCAGACGUCGAAGCUAUACGUGCAGACACCGCAGCGACCUGAGGUUGUCGGACCUUUCCCUCAGCAGCGGCCUUUGUCUCCGUGCAACGAAAAUCGUGCACCGUCGCAAACGCCGCAGCAAUAUACGCUGGCACCGCAGCGACCUGAGGUUGUUGGGCCUUCCCCUCAGCAGCGGCCUAUAUCUUCGUUCAACGGAAACCGUGCAUCAUCGCAAACGCCGCAGCAAUAUACGCUAGCACCGCAGCGACCAGGACCGAUGCAACCGAAUCAACAACAGCGCCCACCUCCGCAGCCGAUGCCAAUGCAACGCUCUGUCUCCAACCAGUCCGUUCCUCAGAUCCAAGGCUACCUGUAUCCGCCAGGAUACGAAGUUCCAAACACACAGCAGCCAACUCCAUACAGUCCUGCCAUGCAGAGAAACCAGCAGUGGGAAAGUAAUGUGAACCAUAUGACCAUGCCCACCCCUCGCCCUGCCAUGCAGCAACAGCAGCAACAAGCACCACCAUAUCAGCCGCCACAGUGCACGACUGCUGACGAUCCGAUGGGUCUGCUGCUUCAGCAUUCGCAGAGUUGUGACUGUGGGUGCGAGCGGUGUGGAAUGGCGAGGGCGCGGUUAUUCCAGAUGGCCGUAGAGGGGCGCUUUUGA